AUGGAUCUGAGUUUUAUUUCACCAAAUAUUAAAAAUGGUGAGGUGAUUGUGGACCUAUGCAAGGAAGAAAUUGAGAAGGAGACUCAGAAAUGGAAGCAAGCGUUAAUCCUGUAUGUUGUUGGAGGAAGUCCAACAAUAGGUGCCAUGGAAAGGUACAUUGCUUCAGUAUGGAACUUUGUAGCAAAGCCUAAGGUGAAUUUUCACAAUGAUGGAUAUUUUGUGGUUCGUUUCAAUUCUACUGAAGAUAGGGAUGAUGUAAUAUAUUCAGGACCUCACAUGCUGAAUAACAAGCCUAUCAUUGUCAAAUUGUGGUCUGCCGAUUUUGAUUUCAAUAAAGAGGUGCUUCAAACUAUACCAGUGUCACUAAGUAGGAUCAGUAGUGGUUUGGGAAUUCCUCUAUAUGCUGAUGCUUGUACUACUCAAGUUGAUAGGAUCUCCUAUGCAAGAGUGUUGAUAGAAAUGGAUGUUACUAAAGAGCUGCCUAGGUCCAUCAAGGUGACUGAUCCAAAUGGGAGGGAGUUUGCUCAAGAAAUAGCAUAUGAUUGGGCCCCUAAGUUCUGUACUAAAUGUAUGCAAGUUGGCCACAAAUGCAGAGUAGAUGAACAUCUAGGACCAAAACUGAAGGCAAAGAAUGCAAAGCAAAAACAAGAAUGGCAACCUAAACCUGUACCUAAAGUGCAGGAAACAGCUGCCAAGGAGCAAUCAAAGAUGAUAAAGCCUAGUAUUGAAGGAAAUGCUAGCACUAGUACAUUGGUUGCUAGUGCUGGUACAGGAGCACUGAAAGGAAUAAGGAACAAGUGUGGCAAACUGUUAUAG